GAGUCUCCGGCGUGACUGCCGAGAUUGACGUGGAGGACACGUCAAAUUGAUCCCCGCACUCCGCAGCCUCCCGGUCAGACGAAUUUCUCCUAAUCGGAUGAAGUUCACCCUAGGCCUGGGGUCGCGGGCGUGGAGAGUGUCCUGGGAACGGGCGGCGGCGGCGGCAGCGGGCCCGGGGGCGGGCGGCGGCGCGCUCGGCUGCGGCGCACGGCGCUCUUCCAGUCCGCGGCCCGGCCGCCGCGGCUCUCGGCUCGCGCGCGCCCUCCCUCUAUGCCUCUCCCGCGGCGGCGGCGCCCCAGCACUCCCGGACCGCGCCGGGCCCAGCCCCGGCCGCCUCGGCGCCAGGCAGCCGGCCGGCCCGCGCGCCAUGGAGCAGACCUACGGCGAGGUGAACCAGCUGGGCGGCGUGUUCGUCAACGGACGGCCCCUGCCCAACGCCAUCCGCCUGCGCAUCGUGGAGCUGGCACAGCUGGGCAUCCGACCCUGUGACAUCAGCCGGCAGCUUCGCGUGUCUCACGGCUGCGUGAGCAAGAUCCUGGCGCGCUACAACGAGACGGGCUCCAUCCUGCCCGGUGCCAUCGGGGGCAGCAAACCCCGCGUCACCACUCCCAACGUGGUCAAGCAUAUCCGGGACUACAAGCAGGGCGACCCCGGCAUCUUCGCCUGGGAGAUCCGUGACCGGCUGCUGGCCGACGGCGUCUGCGACAAGUACAACGUGCCCUCGGUGAGCUCCAUCAGCCGUAUUCUGCGCAAUAAGAUUGGCAGCCUGGCGCAGCCCGGGCCCUACGAGGCGAGCAAGCAGCCGCCGCCGCAGCCGGCGCUCCCCUACAACCACAUCUACCAGUACCCCUACCCCAGCCCCGUGUCGCCCACGGGCGCCAAGAUGGGCAGCCACCACGGGGUCCCAGGCACAGCCGGCCACGUCAGCAUCCCCCGUUCAUGGCCCUCGGCUCACUCGGUCAGCAACAUCCUGGGCAUCCGGACGUUUAUGGAGCAAACAGGGGCCCUGGCGGGGAGCGAAGGCGCCGCCUACUCCCCGAAGAUGGAAGACUGGGCGGGAGUGAACCGCGCGGCCUUCCCCGCCAGCCCCUCUGUGAACGGGCUCGAGAAACCUGCUUUAGACACGGACAUUAAAUACACGCAGUCGGCCUCCGGCCUCUCCGCGGUGGGCGGCUUCCUCCCGGCUUGCGCCUACCCGGCCUCCAACCAGCACGGCGUGUACAGCUCGCCGGCCGGCGGCUACCUCGCCCCCGGCCCGCCGUGGCCGCCGGCGCAGGGUCCCCCGCUGGCGCCCCCGGGCGCCAGCGUCACCGUGCACGGCGGGGAGCUCGCGGCAGCCGUGACCUUCAAGCAUCCCAGCAGAGAAGUGGCCGACCGGAAGCCGCCCAGCCCCGGCGGCAAGGCACCAGACGGCCUUGGGAGCUUACACGGACUACCCAUCCCGGCCUCGACCUCCUAGGGCCGCGCCUCCGCGAGCCGAGCCCGAGCCCGAGCCCGGAGGCAGCGGCGGAGCGCGCACCCGAGGAUUCGCCGCAGCCGAGGUGCCCAUCAGCCUGGCAUCGCCCUGCCCCGCGCCCGGAGGCCGCGCGUCCUCCAUCCUCCGGGGUUUUCGGCUUCUCUGAACUUUGGCUUCGGACUGUUACAUCCUCGUCUCGACCUUUGGUCCGACGCGGCCUCCCCCGCCUGGCGGCCUCCAGCGUCUUUUCCGACUUCGUCCCGGGCCGAUCGGCACCGCCCCUGCCUCCCUACCCCUCGUGCUGGCUCUCCCACGCCUCUUUUCUCCCUCCCUUUUCUAUCUCCUUCCUAUCGACCCUCCUUUCUUCCCUCACCUUCGGCCUCUUUACGUUCUUCUCUCUCUAGCCUCCUUUCCCCGCUGCGUCUUCCCCGUCCGUCUACGUGGUCCCCAUCCGGCCCCAUCCGCUACCUCCUCUCCUGGGCCUUUAGUCACUACUCCGCCUCUCUUCAUUGGCCCUGCUUCCUCCAGCCCUACCACCUUGCUAAGAACCCCCCUUCCACCCCUCCCCGAACCCCCCGCUCGACAAGUGAGCAGGACAGGUCCUCUGGUCUUUAGCCCCCACCUCUCAGGGGCCCCCAUGCCUACUCGAGGCGGGGGCUCGAACCUGGGAAUUGGAGAAGCUGCAGCAUUUAUUUCACAUUUUAUCACAAUGAACCCAAACAAACCUUUGGUGAACUGUCCCUUCUCCUCCCUCCCCCAAGGACAUUAUCUGGAAGUAUUCUUGUCUGGAUUUCUUCUCAGUGCCUAAGGACUGGGUUUCUCCUUGCUUGCUCUGAGGUGAUGUCACCCCAAAUAAGGUUUGAGGGCAGGGGGGCACCUGCGGCCACUGGUGUUUUCUGUGGUUAGAAAACCAUUCCUACCCCGGAAGUGUCCGCUCCCACUCCUCCACACCCAACAGGAGGGAGUCCAGCGUAUGGUAGACAUGCCUGCACUGUUUUGUUUUUUUUUUUUUUGUAUUCAGGAGUCAGCCCAUUUGUUAAUUUAAACCACAAACUGCUUCUGGGUACAAAGGUGCAAUCUGACUUCUGGUUUGCAAAGGGAUGGGCUGAAAAAACCCAGAAAGUGUCCUCUGGAGCAGAACACAAGCUCUGUUCACUGCUUCCAACUUCAGACACUCUGGAGGCAGGACCCUGGACAUAAAACUGCAAUCUUUGUGGUCAGAAAAAUGUCACUGGUGAGAGUCUGACAUCACCUGUUAACCAUGGCUACCUUUGAAUAAAGGAAGGCAUCUAAAAGUCUGCUUUGUAAGGGCAAGCCAGUCUGUGUCCAGCCUGGAGUAUUGUGUAGGUAUGUCUCACCGACUUAGCCCCUGGGUUUCCAGCAUCAACACUAUUAAGAGGAAAUUGUUUUUAUUGGUUUACUCCUUAGCACUUGCCACCCAGACUGGGGUAGAAGUGAAACGAAAAGGAGAUGACCAUUUUCAGGGAUGGUCCCUGAAAACUCAAAGUAGCAAGGCAGAAUGCAGGAACCAUUCUAAAAUGAAGUUAAUUCUUAGAGGGAAAAAUUGGGCAGAAGGCAGUAAGAAUUUUUUCAGAACACUUUAAAAAAUGUUCUAAAGCUAAAGAAAAUUAUAAGAGACUAUUAAAUAAUCCAGGGAUUUCUCAGUGCAGAGAAGUCUCUGCUACUUAUUUUAUUUUUCCUCCCUGUGUUUGGUUCUCUAAGACUGACAGCAGAGAUUUUUGAAUUGAAGGUUUUACUUGUAAGAGAAGCUGUCUGUUUGGAGGGAACUGGUGGGGAAAUUAUUUUCAAUGCAUCUUACUUCAAUAGUACCUGCUGGAGGUAUUCAUCAAAAUUAAUGAAAAGAAUAUCUGCCUGUUUUCAUAUAGAAGCUUUUAUUCCAGUUCUUCAAAGUCUCUUGCCUAUUAAAAAAAGUUCCAUUUUAUAGACAGGAGUAUUAAGGAUUAGGGACCUAGUUUAUGUCUCUGGACCACAUGCAGCAAGCUAUGGAUCACAGGGUCUGGACAAGGAAACUGGGUGACAUCAUCUCAUCAGAAAACCAAGAUUGGGGCUCAAACUUGGAGUCUGGGGUCCUCAGCCUUCUGUGCCAGCAUUUUCUGCAGAGAGGCUGCUCAUAAUGGUAACAGGAAUAAAGCAUUUAGAUGAGCUUAUGUGCUCAGUCAUCCAAGCAUCUCACACACCCCUCCGUGUUGCUUGGAGGACUGGCUACCUCGGGCAAGGAAGAAGGCACCUCAGCUUUUUCGAAGAAAUGAGAAGAAUGCAUCUCUCAUUGCUGUCAUCCUUUCCCCUCUGCCACUUCUCACUCUGUGUUUGGGUUGCCUGGGAUCAUGGAUGAGAAGAGCUGGAAAAUGCAGCCCAGCUGGAGGAUGCCCUGUGCAAAGGGUGGCACUUUCCAAGUCUGUCCCCUGUGGUUCCUCCUGUGGUGUGGCUGGAGGGGGGUCUUCCAGGGUCCCCGACUCUGAGGGCACAUUCAUGGGGGGGGGGGAGGGGGGCGGCGCAGCAUUCAGGCACAGGGCCAGCAUGCUCUGUAACAUCCAUCCUGUCUCCUUCCUGGAGGCUGUGGGUCCUGGGAAGUCCCAGCGGGCUUAGGUGAAGCCUCUACUCCACCAGGUGGGGAGGGGGGCCUGUACCCUCGCCAAGCCUCGUUGUCCUGAGUGUGAAAUGUACCCUCCCAGGUCGUGACAUCACUGGAAGCCCGGCCCUGGUGUUGCUUCACCUGUUUGGAGAUGAUUAUUUUUUUUGUUGUUAACAAAGGGCAGGAGAGUCGUUUUUAUGAAUGAUGGAAGGAUCCAGAAUUGAAAUGUUUUGAAAAGAGCCCAUUAAGGAUUGGAUUUUUUUUUUUUUUUUUUUGUUCUCUGUCCACACAGCUCUGUGGAGGUACUGGGGACUCAUGGUAAGAUUACAGAGUACUGUGUCAGAUCGAAUAAUUUGAGAAGGAAUCACUCCUCAGAGGCAAUUUGCACUAGCACCUGCCUUUUAUUAUUUUUUAAUUUAAGAAUAAAAAUUUUUAAAUGAAGAGACAUACCCCAAAAUAAAAUAAACAAAAAAGAUAUGCAGUCACUCAAGUCACCCUUUGAUUUGUCGAAAGAAUGAAAGUUAUAUACAUUGUUAGAAAAGUCUAGCAGCACAGAAACAUCGAAAUGAAAAGGGAAAGCUUCUUCCAGUCCUCAUCUGUCUUUAAAGGUGAACGUUGCUACAGUUUUGUUUUGUUUCUAAAUGAUUCCUUCCAGGAAAAAAAAUGCAGACCACAGAACCCUGUUUCUGUGUGUGUACUUUCUGGGUUCAUCUAGUGCUGUGCUGGGUGCACGCGGGUGGGGUCUGCAGGUCUGAUCUCUGCACACCACCAGCUCCAGCAUAUCCACUUGAUUCUUGUGAAAGGAUGCAUAUCAACAGGGUUUUAUUAGAAACAGAGUAUUUGUAAAAAGGGCUAGCUCCGUGCUUUAAAUGAAUAAAGAUGGAAUUUUGUGGCAUUCUUGAUUGGAGGAUGGGCUUAGAAUGGAUGGUAGGAACUUCCCUUGGGAAAGGUGGCUGCUUUGGGGCAAGGAGGAAGAAAAGCCAACAGAAGGGCAGGAGACACAGAGCUUUGUCCUUCCUAAACACAUUCUGGUUUGUCCUGCGGGUCACCGAAGGAUGCUCAAACUUGCCAGGGAUUGAAGAAUGCACUUUUCCUUUCCUUCUAAAGGAGAGUGUCUCUGUAGGUCAGAAGAGAGAGAUGGAGGCAAAGGGGUGGGGAAGACCCUUGUUUGAAGAAAUACUGGAUAGCAAUAAAAUGUAAACAUCCAACACUGGCCUGAGCAUUCUUUUUACUUCUCCCCAAGUAAUUUGAAAUCUAUGUGGCAUUAAUCUCCUGCUGGGUGGACCCCACUUACUGACAACUGUGUUUCCCUGUUUGCUUGUUUCUUGACUCCUGUUAAAGAGGGUGAGAUUUAUUUAAUGGAGUGGUGGUCUGGGUUAAAGCCCACUAUAGAUUUUCUGGCAUCAGUUUUUCUAGCUAGAAUUACAUUGGUUGAGGUUUUUUUUCAAAAGAAACUCUACCUGCUCCAUGUGAGGCUUGGAUAAUAUGAACUUAGAAUCUUGCCAGAAAAUGCCCGAGGAACUCAGCUGAAAGGACUGUGCAUCCAGGCAAGCUGUGUAAUGAGAAACAUUUGAUUCUCCUCUUUUAAUGGGCAGGGAUUAUGCACAAAAUGGUAUUGGUCUUCACCUUGACCUUGCUGUUUGAACUAUAGCUUCAUUCACUGUGGCUGAGAUAUUUCUAGCCAAACUGUUGGAUC